AUGCCGGAGCCCGGGCCGGACGCCCCUGGCACCGCUAGCGCUCAGCCCCCGCCGCCGCCGCCCCCACCUCCCGCGCCCAAGGAGUCCCCGUUCUCCAUCAAGAACCUGCUCAACGGAGACCACCACCGGCCACCCCCUAAGCCGCAGCCGCCCCCACGGACGCUCUUCGCGCCGGCCUCCGCCGUCGCCGCCGCCGCGGCCAAGGGGGCUCUGGAGGGCGCCGCGGGCUUCGCGCUCUCGCAGGUGGGCGACCUGGCUUUCCCCCGCUUUGAGAUCCCGGCGCAGAGGUUUGCCCUGCCCGCGCACUACCUGGAGCGCUCCCCGGCCUGGUGGUACCCCUACACCCUGACCCCCGCCGGCGGCCACCUCUCGAGACCUGAAGCUUCGGAGAAGGCCCUCCUGCGAGACUCCUCCCCCGCCUCGGGAACCGAUCGCGACUCCCCGGAGCCACUGCUCAAGGCCGACCCCGACCACAAGGAGCUAGACUCCAAGAGCCCGGACGAGAUCAUUUUGGAGGAGAGCGACUCGGAGGAAGGCAAGAAGGAAGGCGAGGCAGCCCCGGGGGCGGCCGGGGCCAGCGUGGGGGCGGCGGCCGCGACGCCGGGCGCCGAGGACUGGAAGAAGGGCGCCGAGAGCCCGGAGAAGAAGCCCGCGUGCCGCAAAAAGAAGACGCGCACGGUCUUCUCGCGCAGCCAGGUCUUCCAGCUCGAGUCCACCUUCGACAUGAAGCGCUACCUGAGCAGCUCGGAGCGCGCCGGCCUGGCCGCGUCGCUGCACCUCACCGAGACGCAGGUCAAGAUCUGGUUCCAGAAUCGCCGCAACAAGUGGAAGCGGCAGCUGGCGGCCGAGCUGGAGGCGGCCAACCUGAGCCACGCGGCGGCGCAGCGCAUCGUGCGGGUGCCCAUCCUCUACCACGAGAACUCGGCGGCCGAGGGCGCGGCAGCCGCGGCCGCGGGGGCCCCGGUGCCCGUCAGCCAGCCGCUGCUCACCUUCCCGCACCCCGUGUACUACUCGCACCCGGUGGUCUCGUCCGUGCCGCUGCUGAGGCCGGUCUGA